AUGAGCCUUCUUCCUCUGGACCCGUCCACGAUCGACAAGGGUUUGAGCGUGUUAGAGACUCUGCUUAAGAAGAACGAGCUGAUGUCACCGCAGCGCCUGAAAUGGUUAUGCCACUUCCCUGUGCCGGACCUGAGGUUUGAUCGAUUCCGCGGUGGCAACGAUGUUCUCAAGCAGAUCAUCACCUUCCUCGACGCCCUCACAGCACAAUACGGGAAGAUGCUCACGGCGUCGCUCCAACGGAAAUACCCGUUCCUUGUCGAUGAGCUUGUCAACGUCCUAGGUUGUCACUCUAUCGUCUUGCAGUUUAUCAUGUUCACUGCCUGCCGUAGGAGGCUAGGCGUGCCAGAUGGCCACUUCGGCAAUUCCUUAGAGCAGGCCUUCCGCGAGGACCAAAAAAGACUCCGCACGAUGGACGUCGCCUCGGCCAACGGCGUGCCCUCGUCGGUUUCUCGGCGGGACCUUGAGCAGCAUAACGCCUCCCUGAUUAACUUUUACAAACUGACAGUGGAGGCAGUGAUUCCACAGGCCGCGUCUACGCCCCAACGAACUGCGAGGAUACCAGACCCGCUGCUCCCCCCCAAAGGGUCAAUGAUCGGACGGACGGAAUGGCCACACGAACCGGCGGACCGCAAAUCGGUGUUGAUGUCGCUCCACCAAGCUCACCUUCGUAGCCCUAAGCGGGCGAUCAAAGGAGGGGCGAGAGAACGAUUCUACCAGGCCAUCAAGUCGCUUCCGGUUGCGCCAACCCCUGUGGCUCCUAAGAAGACCAUAUACGAGUUCCAAUUCGAAGUGACGGCGGAGCAGCUCGGCCUGGUGGCGACCAAGUCGAAGAAGCGUGGAGAUCUAUUGCCCAUGGUGGAGCACUUCAACGGCGCACUUCGAUGGCGGAUCCGGUGCUGCGACAUUCGAAACCCGGAUAAGGGCAUCAGCGAAGCAUGGUGGGCCACGCUGGACGUUAGCUGGCCGAUGUAUAUUCAUAUGACGAUCAACGAUAAGGUGCUCUCCGUCCGCCGGCGAUCUCACAACGGCAAGGACCUGCCGACCGAGAUUACCGACUUUCUCGUCUGCGGUACCAACAACCUUGUAGUGGCCGUGCAUGACUCUCAGAAUGAGGUGGGCAAGCACCGCCAUCUGGCAGUUGAAGUGCUCGAGACCCUCAGCCACUCCAACGUCGUGGACGCCGUUUGGGCUCACGGUACCACGCCGGCGGAGACCACACUCAACACGAUCAAACAGCGCCUCGCCACCUCGGGUCUAGAUGACGAGGUCUCGAUCGCCGCCCUAGACCUAUCCAUUGAUCUCGCCGACCCAUUCAGCUCCACCAUGUUCACCGUCCCCGCCCGUGGCGCUUCCUGCACACACAUGGAGUGCUUCGAUCUCGAGAACUGGCUCAACACGCGCCCAGCCAAGCCGCCCGCCAAGUGCAUGCACCGGUCGGCUGACUGCGGCUGCUCCGACCCCGCCAACAAUGCUGAACCGUCUCACCCGGACAAGUGGCGCUGUCCGAUCUGCUCGAACGAUGCCCGUCCGUACAGCCUGCGAAUCGACCAGUUCUUGCUGGACGUACGGGCGCAGCUGGAGAAAGAGGGGAAGCUGAGCACCAAAUGUUUGCGUGUGAAGCCUGACGGUACUUGGUCGGUAGUGCUCGAGGAGGAGGAUGCUGAUGACAGCGAAGCAGACGGGCCCUCUGCGGUGGCACCAAAGAAGACCAACUUACAGCAGACGCCGGCUGCUCCAGGACGGAGAGAGGUGGAGGUGAUUGAGCUGGACUAA